AUGGCGUUCCAGAUCACGCGUUGUGGCAUUCACGCCUUCCACGAGACCCUUGGGAUCGACACCGACAAGAUACGCGUCUUUUGGGUCUUGCAAUCAGACUUUGCCGAUGCUCGGCAAACAGCAUACCGUGUUGAGAUAUCGGCAACGAAAUCUUUCGACGCCAUCUGCUGGGAUUCUUGCAAAGUAGAGGGAAACCAACAGCGUAACGUCCUUUGCGCACCAGAUGGCGGCUUCCAAUCAGCAUCCUUCCACUACUGGAGAGUGACUGUCUGGGACCAAGAUGGCAACACAUCACAAGGCGCCACCAAUGAGUUCUUCACCGCAUAUCCAAGGUCGAGUGGCUUGCUCCCUCCCUACAGCAUGAACCAAACCUACAUGCCUCACACCAGCCUGAUCUUCCGGACCUGGUUCGAAGAUGAGGCCAAUCGAUGGAAAGGAGUAUGGAUCGGCGACAAUGGUGAUAAGCCCAUCUACGUGCGCAAGGCAAUCCAUCUAGACCGACAGCCGUCUCGUGCCAUCGUGCUCGCCAGUGGCCUGGGCCACUUCAAUUUCGUCUGUAAUGGCGACCCCUCGGCGGCAAAUGGCCACAAGCUCGAUCCCGGUUGGACCAAUUACCACCGCACGGUCCAGUUCACUGCUUACGACGUUUCGGGCAUCCUGAAGCAGGGUGAGAACGUGCUCGGUGCUCACAUUGGCAACGGCUUCUAUGCUGGCGAUCAAGGAGAUGAUCGCUUCUUCUGGCCUUGUUACGAAGACAACACCUAUGUCCGAUAUGGCAAUGAGCUGUGCUUCUUCGCUGAGCUGCACCUCUUCUACGAAGACGGCAGUCGCGAGACCAUUACUACUGGCCCUGACUGGAGCCUACGCAAGAGCGCAACGACACUUGCGAACAUCUACUCAUCCGAGACCAAGGACCUUCGUGCUUAUCCACACGGCUGGGAUGCACCAGGAUUCCAGGAAGAUGUGCAAUGGAAGAAGGCCACGCCAGUCACAGGCCCAAGGGGCAAGCUGAAGUACCAGAACCAGCCCCCGGUGGUUCUGCACGAGACGUACACGCCCAAGACACAGAAGACACUUGAGCCCGGUGUUGUCGCCUUCGACUUCGGUCAGAACAUGACCACCAUGGUUAAGGUGCAAGUUUCAGGCCCUGCGGGCUCUGAGGUCAUCGUGCGCUUCUCGGAGACGAUUGGCGAGGAUGGCAAAGUCCUCAUGCCAGACCCUCUGUUCAAAGCCUUCGAGACUGAUGUGUUCUGCAAAUUCACGCUCGCGGGCACCGGCGUCGAGACCUGGGAGCCCGACUUCUGCUUCACAGCCGCACGCUACAUCCAGAUUGAGGGUGCAGCCAUCGAGUCGGAUAAUCCCAACGGCCUACCAACAAUCAUAUCUCUCGAGAGCCGCCACAUCUCCUCUGCCGCCCGUCGGCUAGGCACCAUGACAACAGACAAAGAGGACUGCAACCAGCUGCUCAGCAUGUGCUACUGGUCCUUUGUCUCCAACCUCUUCAGCUACCACACCGAUUGCCCGCAGAUCGAGAAGUUUGGCUGGCUCGAAGUAACCCACCUGCUUGCGCCUGCAACGCAGUACAUCCGGGACAUGGAGUCGCUGUACAGCAAGAUCCUCUCCGACAUUGUCGACGCGCAGGAGCCCAACGGGCUGUGCCCGACCAUGGCGCCCGAAAUCCGCUACAUGUGCGGGCCACUGCACGACACCAUCACCUGGGGCGGCGCCGUUGCGCUGCUGCCGGAGAUCCUGCGAUUCUACUACGGCACCACGCACGUCUACGAGAAGCUCUUCGAGCCCUGCGUGCGCUACAUGGAGUACAUUGCCACGCAGGAGCGAGACGGCGGGCUGAUCGAGCACGGCCUGGGCGACUGGGGGCGCGACAUUGCGUUCGGGAACAACCAGGCCAACAUUGAGACGGCGAUCUACUACCGUUGCCUACGCAACAUCCAGGGCAUGGCGGCCGAGCUGGGCAAGCCGGAGCAAGAAGCGCGCUUCAAAGCCUGGGCCGAGCGCAUCUACGACGCGUACAACGCACACCUGCUCGUCGCAGACAAGCAGAAAUACCCCUACGCCUUCUACACGUCCCGCGACGAGCCGGGCGUACAGGACAGGAACAUGGUCGCGCAAGCCUUUGCCCUGCAAUUCCAUCUCGUGCCCAGCGCGCACAUUCCCGACGUCCAGCGCGCCUUCCUCGCCAGCUGCACCGACUCGGGGCACCGCAUCCAGGCCGGCGAGAUCGGGCUCAAGUACCUGUGGAACACGCUCGCAGACGUGGACCGCCCGGACAUCGUGCUCGACAUGGCGCGCCAGCAGGAGCACCCGAGCUACAUGCGGUUCCUCCGCCGCGGCGAGACGACGCUCAACGAGUUCUGGCAGGACGCGUGUCGCUCCAAGUGCCACGACAUGCUGGGCACCAUCUACGAGUGGUUCUACGAGGCGGUGCUGGGCGUCAAGUGCGAGGCGGUGGCGUAUCGGACGUGGACUGUGCGGCCGCCGCUGAAGUCGGAGUUUGGGCACGUCAGGGGCGAUGUCGAGUGUCCGUAUGGCAGGAUCGAGGUCGAGUAUUGGAGGGAUGAGCCGAGUGGGGGGGUCAGGAUGAAGAUCUCGGUGCCGACGAGUACGGUUGGGUAUUUGUUGCUGCCGGGCGAUGAGAGCGAGGCCGACGUUACUCGGCAGCAGAAGGAGCCGAGCACUAUUGUGGAGAAGGGCAAGAGGAUCGCUCUGAAGCCCGGGCGGUAUGAUCUAGUGCUGAGGCCAUGA